UGUGUUCACAUACUGCUUCCUUUGCCUGUUUUUCACCCAAUUUUAUCGCAACAGGUUGAUUAUGCAUGCACCCCGGAGGAAGUUCAACAACACUUCCAGGCAUGUGGUACUGUGAACCGAGUUACUAUUCUGACUGAUAAGUUUGGUCAGCCUAAAGGCUUUGCAUAUGUGGAGUUUGUUGAACAAGAGGCUAUUCAGGAGGCACUCCAGUUGAAUGAAUCUGAACUGCAUGGGCGCCAGUUGAAGGUUAUGCCCAAGAGGACCAAUGUUCCAGGAAUGAAGCAAUUCCGCCCAAGGCGUUUCAAUCCUUAUAUGGGGGGAUACAGGUUCAGGAGGCCUUAUGUCCCCCCAUACUUCUAUUCCCCAUAUGGAUAUGGGAAGGUUCCAAGUUCAGGAGGGUCAUCACCAUAUACACCGUAUUAA